AAUAAAGGGCCUUCAGAGCUUCCUCUUUCCCCCUCCAGUAAGAAGCUCUUUUUGUUUUACAGAGAAAGGGAGAGAGCGAGCCACAAAAUGAAACCAGGUGCUCCCAACGAAGCACAGUAUAUUAUGAGAAAUCUAAGAAGAAAGUAACUUGUUUCAUGAAGGCAGUUGGCAAAACCUGACAAUGAAAUUACUAUUUCUUUUGCCUUUUUUUCUUUUUUUGCUUUCCUCUUUCUUGUUUGGAAAGGAUACCCCCAGUCAAUCUCCUAGGAUUCCACUGACUCCAGAUUUUGAUGGAGUAAAAGAUGAGAAACAGCCAGAUGAAUCUCUUGAAGAAUCCCAGCCAUUCAAAUCAGAUCCCCCCUGGAUAUCCAUGUACAUCCCUGUGAGAAGCUGCCAUAGAGAACUGAGAACGAAAUAUGGAGAAUUUUAUCCCCCAAAGUACCUGAAUGGCUUUGAAGGAAAUAUUUGGUGCAACUGGACUGUUUGGGCCGGUUCUAGGAAAAACAUCAUUAUUUAUAUCAGUGGCUUUAAAAGUGAUGAGGGCUGUGACAAAAAUGAGAAUAAGAUUUUCUUUCAUGGAGUUUCUUCGGUUGCAGAGAACACUGUGGUCUAUGCUUGCUGGGGAAAAGAGACCCAUGUUUUUGCUACCUAUGCUAAAGCUGUUCAUGUGAUCUCCCUGACGAGGCAUCCCAAUCCUACUAAGAAAGAUGGAUUUGUGGGCAAAUACUAUAUCUUCCAGCCCAGGGAAGCAAGGCCUGAUUCCAUGGAUCCCUUUGGCUCUGCAAUGCCUUCUCUGGAACUAGUCCUCACAGCCAUAACCAGCAUUCCUCAAGCCAAGGAAGCAUCUUUACUGUUCACCUUUAACCGUUCAAAUGCUCACAUCUCUGAAAGUCUUGAGGCUGACAAUCAAACAGUUGGGUUGUUGGAAACAAGUAGAAAAAGUGCAAGUAUCACAGCAAUUACAGGUUCGGCUAGAAAAUCAAAAAGUCUCCACUUGCUGUCCACAGCUUUGAAGGGCAGUGAAAAUUCUUCUUGCACUCCAAAUCCUUCUGAUAAAUUAAUAGGAGUCAUGGACUGUGUGCACUGGAGAAUGAACAAUGGAGAAAUCCCAGUGGGCCUGGGUGAGUCUACCACUUCUUCCAAUGUUGUUUCAGAUGUUUCUUACGUAGAGUCAGGACUACUGACAGAAGCUGCUAGUCCUGUAGAAGAUAUGGGACAUCCAAGCAGACUGUUAAGUUCUCCUUUGGGACUUCUUAUGAACGAUUAUCAAUGGAUGAAGAGUAAAUUAACACAGCAGGAUUAUCUUGCCAUGGUUAUGCCUUCUCUAAUGAUUCCUUCUAGCAUGGUGACCACUGACAGAAAGAGUCCUGGAUCCAUAAUUUAUCAGAGUUUUGGAGACGUUCAACUAGCAAUGCAUGAAGCAAUGGGCAGAGGCGUCGUUGUCUUUGGAACUACCUCGCUUUCCAGUCUGGGACACACCUGUAUGGGCUUGACAAGCCAGAAUGACUACCUGCUUGUUCCUGCAAAGACACAAGAAAGAGGAAAACAAGAAAGCAAGGCAAAUUGUUCUAUACUCAUAAUCAAUUAUGCCAAUUCAUCUGAUGAACGGGAAGCCAGAAAUGUGCUAGUCCUAAAGAGCAAUACUGAGCUCUGGGAUAUUGGUCCCGUUACAGAAACCUUUGUAGAGUUAACCAACCAGCCAGAAGCCCCUUUGGCUACAGCAUUGCCAUCCAGUGUGUUGGAAGUAGAACUGAACUUGAGACCCGGAAGCAGCUACCAUGAACAGUCCAGCACUAACCCUUCUCUGAAUCUAGCUUCCGAGAUGCCAAGAAGAACAGACAGUGUUAACUUAGCUGCACAAAGCAUCUUUCUUUUGGAUAUAGCUACAAAGCAGGAGCCUUUCCUCUCCCCCAGCAAGACCACAACAAUUCCAUUAGUUACUGCAGAACUUGGGCUUUCCUGCUGUGUUGUCUUAAGGGUGGAAGAUGAAUUUUCUUUGCCAGCCCUGACCUUAAAGCCUUCCCUCUUUCAUAGCACAGAGACAACUCUGUCACUCACUCUUCCUGUUCCUGAGCCGAUCUCCUUCGAAUUGGAACAUGCCCUCUCGCCAUCAAUGACAGUGACCUAUCCUUCCUUGUCUGUAAGACCACAUCAAACCCUUCCUGUGUCUGCCAUCCUUCAAAAGUCUGUCCUUUUGGAAUUGGAGCCUGGAAUCUUUUCAGCAAGAGAACUGGAUGUUUCUUUAAAUGCUGGACAAGUAGAGUCUAUUCCCUUGGGACUGUGCUGUGCCGCUACUAGAACAGCAACUACUCUGCAGGAACCUUUUGAGCUGGAGGAUCUUUCUCCAGCUCCUUCAGCGCUAGAGCCCAGAUCUCCAGAAGACUUCCUACCAGCUGCAGAGGCUUCUUUCUUCCUCAUUAAUGAAGUUACUCCUUCCCUUGGAUUACAGAUGGCAAACACAAUUAAAAAUGAGAUGAUUCUGAGCUGUGCAUGCUCACAAGACAUGGCUAGCACUCCCAGACAGGAAGAUCCCUUACUCAUUGCUGGGCUGUCCUCUGGUUUGUAUAGUAGUCAUCAUGCAGGUUUGGAACACCAAGAGCCUCUUAAGCAGCUGCUGCUAGGAGAAAGAGAGGACAACUGCUUUGGUGCAACGUCUAGAGAAGAGGGAGAAAAAGGAGACACAGCAAAACCCUGGAACAUCAUAUCCAAGCCUAAACUCUGCUUUUCCCUUGAUAGAUUUACACUGAGCUCAAAUUCUGUUUUGAAUCAUUCUGUCCUGGAAAUGCCUCUCGUAUCUUUGCCAGCGAUGAGUAAAAAGAAGCAAUCCGCAAACAUAACUCAGUAUGAUCUUGUUACCUCUAGCACCAUCAUGAUUCCAUUCUUGCCACAGAAUGAGAUGCAGACUCCACCUCAGUUGCCUGUGCCCUUAGAAGUGAGAGAGGAGGGAGGAGCACAAAUCAAAGGGGCCAUAAAAUCCUGGGGAGAGCUUCAUAAUGCUAAAUGGCAAUGGGGGGCCAUGGAAUGUAUUGUUGCUGAUCUUGAUGCUCCAGGAACUCUCACUGAGACAUCAGUUCUGUGGGAUAACUUAGAUUUACUAGCUCUACAGGGACCAUCUAGCUUAGACAAUAAAAUGGCAUCCAAAGUAAGAGCACUUUUGAACUGUAGAGAGUUGGGGUUUCCUUGGCUACAGGUGUAUCUUCCUGUAAAAAGUUGCCAUGUUAUUUUGAAGAAUAAAGCAGGAACUUUUUCUCCUCCCAUUCUGAGCAGAAGCCAAACCAACAACUGGUGUAACUGGACCAUAUGGGCGGGUUCUCACAAACAUAUCUUGAUUUAUAUAGAAGGGUUUGAAGGGAACUCAAAUUGUGAAGAAAAUCAGGACAAGAUCAUAUUCCAAGGUGUCUCAUCAAGUGUUGAAAGCAAGAUAGCUUACUCUUGUAGAAACCAUAACACUUUGAUCUUUGCUGCACAGGCUGUAGCUGUCCAUGUAGUGUUUUUGUCAAAAUCUCCUUCUCAAAACCAUAGUCAUAAACACUUUAAAGGACGCUAUUUCAUAUUUGAAGAUUAUGAAAUGAAAGAACCUGUUUCAAAAUCUAACAGCAGUGCUGGAUUUCCCCGUAAGUCCGAUAUAAUGCACUCAGGGCAUAUUUUAGACUUUCUAAAGACAAACGGAACACCCAGCAAUGACAGUUGGCUACCAGUGACUACUAAAAAGAGCUGGAAGGAAAAUGGCAGUGCUAGAACCUCGGAAGCAGUCGUGAAACCAACUCUUAGUAACUACACACAAGUUUCUUUCAUGAAAUCAGAAGAAAAUGUAACCUCAAAUCCACUUGCUAUGAAGGCGAUCCAUGUUGCAAACCCAUCAGUUGAUGAUAUUAGAACUGGGAAUGAAUCUUCUUCUGGUAAUUUGAAGAAAAUGCUAGGUUUAGGAUCAAAUAGUUUGGAGAAUGAAGAAAAGCCAUUUGUGCAUGAUCUAUCUGUACUCCUUACCUCUACACAUGUGUCUCAGAAGCUCAAAAUGACAACAAAAUCAGCAGAAUGGAAAGAUCAUGAAACUACGACUGAAUCUGCCAGGCUUAAAAAUGGCGGGUACAUAACUACGCACCUAAUCACAACAUACAGUGAAGCUGUAAAAGCAAUGUUUGGAAAAGUUCCUUUCAAGAGUAGAAUUACUUUUCCACAAGUCUUAAUUGAAGAGCAGAGAACUCCAACUCUAUCCCCUAAAAGUAUUCUGGAGAAGGGGCAAAAUGAGUCCUUCCAAUCUAAUUCUGGACUCUCCAGGAAAAACGUAGAUGUGACUGAAUAUCAACAAGGUGUGAGACUAAGAGAAGCACUUGAAAGACAGCAUAUGGACAAUCAGGUCUAUAGACAAGAGAAGAGAAACAGUAAUGAGUACAUGGUAGCAGUUCUUGCAGGAAACAAUAAAUCUCAGCUUAUUACAGAAACACCCCAAAGUUCUACAAAUCAAACAAAACCUCAGCAGACCACCUUAGACUAUCCUAAUGUGUUGCAUGAUCUGUCUUUAAGAGCACUUAAUCAUAACCUUGUGGACACUGCUACCACUUUGAGCCCCCAAGGCAUUUUCUCACGUAGCCCAAAGCACAUUAAAGUGGGAAUGACUGAGAUUACACAUCCCAACAGUUCAGUGACCAGGUACAGAGAGCAACCCCAAAGGAAAUAUACGAGAGCAAAUCCUCCAUACUCCCCUUCUGUUUCAGUGUCAAGGAAUAAUACUUCCCUGAAUGUAGGAAAUAUUUCCUAUGAGAGAGAGUCUGUAUUCAGAGAUAAUGAAAAUGAUUCUGUUCUGCUGUCCCAGCACAAUCCAGGGGAUCUUCUGUUUGAAAUAGUUUUGGGUAUAGAACGCAAAGAAUGGAUCCCGCCUAUUGGAAGUAAUCAGGAAAAAGCCCUCAUAGAGUUCAUUAAGAGACAGGUUCAAGGGAAAGUGAGACCCUUCUCAAACCAAGUAAAAGAAAUCAAGUUAAAGGAAAUAAAAAGAAGGAGUGAAACUAGCUUUGAUAGACAAACAGACCCAGACCUGAUGCUUAUGUUUUGGUUGCAUCUAACGCCAAAGAAAAAGAAUGUAUCCUACUUAGUGCGUUCUCAGCUGGAAAAUCUUAGCAGUACAUCUAUGGAAUUUGGCAAGGUUCAGACAGUUUUGGUGACAGAUGUGAAUGAAUGCAGUUCUGGAAUUGGACUAUGUGGUGAUGAGGCAAUCUGCCUCAAUGGAUAUGGCACAUACUUAUGUAAAUGUAAAGAAGAUUAUGAAGAUCGCUCUGAGACAAAGUCAGGCACCCUGUGUAUUCGUAGUCCACGAUCAGGCCUGGGCUCCUUGUACACCUACACAGAGAUUCUUGUAGGAACUACUGUUUUUUUCAUCUCUGCCCUUGUAGUGGUAAUCAGUGUGCUGUGUACAAUCAUAAAGAAAAGACACACUAAGAAGGGCUUCCACUUUCAAGAAGCUGCUUCCCCUGGAACAUCGGAUGCAUCCGAGCUGCAACAGACAACCUUUGAUCAAAACAACAUCCAUCAUCUCCUCACUCUAGAUCCUACCCAGUUAAAACUCAGAGCCAAAGCACCAGAAUGGCCUUUAGAAGUGAGAACUGUUACCAGUGAAACAUACAGAGUAUCUAUUGAGCAAUCUGACUACUUAUAAAAAAAUUGCAAUACUAAAUUGCACUCCUUUUUUCCCCUUUAAUAUAAAGUUCUUUUCAUCUAUUGUGGAUACACAGACGGAGCUUUUUUUUUUCCCAUAGGAGUUGUUGCAGAAAUAUUUUAUUGUGCUGUUUUCUUUGUCAGGUUUCACUCUGUAGCUUAAUGAAAAUUUAACUGUUGUAAUAUAGUUUUGACUACUGUACUGUCUGGCUUUACACAGAUAUAAAAACAGGAUUGAAUCUA